CUUUGACUGCACAGACAGCAGAAGUCAACCAAACUAUUUCUGCUACAGCUGAUUCGGUCGCCAUCUUUUGUCGCGAACAUAAACAACAGCGGCGCGUUUGCGUUGGCUUUUACAUGUAUCGCUGCCGUUUGGAAGGAAGCGACAGCAGUCACCCCGCCGGAGCGCCGAGCUUUUCCACCGAAGAUGACAGUUGAUUUGUUCCGCUGAGCCGCCGUGUCAGCCGGACAUGGGAGUCCUGUGUGGAUUUCCUCACCGGGAGGGAGCGGGGGUUUAAAGGGGGCGGGGAGGGCAGCAGAGGGGCCUUGCUGCUCGUCAGCCCCUGCAGAGAUGGACCAGGAGUACGAGAGACGUCUGCUGAGGCAAAUCAACCACCAGAACCUGCCGACAGAGGCCCGCCUGACCAAGUGUGUAAGUGCUACCUGCAGUCCUGUCAGUGUUAAGUCAGGGGACCGCUUCAUUCCCACACGCGCUGGAAGCAACUGGAGCAUCAACUUCCACUAUGCCAAUGAGAACUGUCGCUCUCCCAACCAGAACCAUAAAGCAAAGGAUGCCAGUUCAGAUUCAAGCAAAGAUGCUGUGGCGUAUGCUGCCCUGUUGAGGAAUGAGUUGCUGGGGGCAGGGAUAGAGACCGUGCCAGACCCUCACACGGACGACCGGCGGCAUGCAGUCCUCUCUCAAGACUCUCACAGCCUGUUUAGGUACACUGUCCACACGAAGAGAGUGCCUUUCGAUAGCGAUAAUGAAGUCUCACCGUACUCCCUUUCUCCACUUAGUAACAAGAGUCACAAGCUGCUCCGCUCUCCUCGUAAACCAGCCCGGAAGAUCUCCAAGAUCCCCUUCAAAGUGCUGGACGCUCCAGAGCUGCAGGAUGACUUCUACCUCAACCUGGUAGACUGGUCAGCAGGCAACCUGCUCAGUGUCGGCCUGGGAGCCUGCGUCUACCUGUGGAGUGCCUGCACCAGCCAGGUGACAAGGUUAUGUGACCUCUCGGUGGACGGGGACUCUGUUACUUCAGUGUGUUGGAACGAGAGGGGAAGUCUGGUCGCUGUUGGAACCCACAAGGGGUAUGUUCAGAUCUGGGAUGCAGCAGGAGGGAGGAAGCUGACCAGUCUGGAGGGUCACUCAGCUCGUGUAGGUGCCCUGGCGUGGAAUGGUGAGCAGCUGUCGUCGGGAAGUCGGGACAGAGUGAUCCUACAGCGGGAUGUCAGAACACCUCCUUCUGCUGAGAGGAGGUUACAAGGUCACCGGCAGGAAGUGUGUGGUCUCAAAUGGUCCCCCGACCACCAACACCUUGCGUCCGGAGGCAAUGACAACAAGUUGCUGGUGUGGAACAGCUCCAGCCUGCUCCCCGUGCAGCAGUACAGCGACCACCUGGCAGCAGUCAAGGCCAUUGCCUGGUCCCCCCACCAACACGGGCUGCUGGCGUCAGGCGGCGGCACCGCCGACCGCUGCCUGCGCUUCUGGAACACGCUGACGGGCCAGGCGCUGCAGAGCACAGACACCGGCUCCCAGGUCUGCAACCUGGCCUGGUCCAAACAUGCCAAUGAACUGGUGAGCACUCACGGCUACUCUCAGAACCAGAUCUUGGUGUGGAAGUAUCCGUCACUAACACAGGUGGCCAAGUUGACAGGACACUCCUACAGGGUGCUGUAUCUGGCCGUGUCACCAGAUGGGGAGGCCAUCGUCACAGGCGCUGGAGAUGAAACACUACGGUUUUGGAACGUCUUCAGUAAGACACGUUGCACCAAGGAAUCAAAGUCAGUGCUGAACCUCUUCACCAGAAUACGAUAGUGGACGGCCCGGGUCAGGACUGGUUCAGUUUAAUAAGCUGUGGUUGAACUGCACAGAGUCACCAACGACACUCACAGACUAUCUCCUACACCACUCUCAAGUGCACCGACCACCACUACAACAGUACUUCUCAAAUCCUCCUUUUUUUUUUUCUACAAAGGAUGCAGUCCCAACUCUCAACGACAACUGCCACCCCUCACAGUGAUGUCACUGAUUAAAAAAAAACAAAAAACGAA